AUCACAUUUUCCUUGUCCGUUUUCCGUUCUUAUCAGUUGAGCGUGGCACGCGUUGAGCCAGACAUUAAACACGGUUGAGAUGACACGGGCAGUAGGUGUUUUGUGGGUCCUCUUGAUUGCAGGGUCAAGCGCAAACGACGCCCCCGACCCUUGCCUUUCCUACAUGUCGUUGGAUGGAAGUAGCAGGGAGAAGGGUGUGGUCACCAACCCGUCCCAGUCAUCACUGUGUGACAAGUCGCUGAUCCCAGGCUGGUACAGGUUCACCGGUGCCGAGAUCGCCAUGGCCAAGGUCGACAAGUUCCACUGCGGGGCCGAGUCAACAGUCUGGAUGGAUGACAAAAUCCCGCCAGUCGGGCCUUCCGUCGACCGGAAGUUCUGCUUCAACCAUCUUGGUCUCUCGCCAACAGGAUGCCUGUGGUCGGAACAAGUCCCUGUGAAGAACUGCGGAACUUACCUGGUGUAUCAGUUCCCCCUCAAGACCAUCAUGUGCCCCAUGGUUGUCUGUAGCGAUUCUUCCAUCAAACCAUGUCCAACAUGGCAGGUGUCCCCGACUGGAUUCACGCCAUGCACAAAAAUACCCUGUCCGGCUGGCCAAGUGUCUCCGUCUGGGUUCGAACCCUGCAGAGCCCCUUACCCGAAAGUCGCGGACAACGUGACCUUGUCCGGCCCUGAACUCUCCCAGGGCAGCGGGUACAGACAAGCGUGCAGCUUCACGUCACCUGACGUGUCCCCGGACGCUCUGUUCCACGUCACGUGGUCUAUGGACGGACUCCCCGUGGGUAGCACGACGUUGACUGGGGAUGAGAGAACGGCGUACUUUACCCUGAGUCAGUGGAAGGGACAUAUUAAUCACAAGCUGACCUGUAGCGUACAGACCUCCUACACCAACUCUCAGAACAACACCAGCCCCGUCUACACCAGCAACAGCUACUACGGCGGCAUCAAGGUCGAGCCUCAACCUUUGCACAUUGUAGAAGGAACUGACACGAAGGUCGAGGUCAUCUCCACCCUGCCCAUUGAGUGUCACGUGUCGGGAACACAGACCCCCUGCGGCCUGAAGGUCCACGUCAUCUCACCAAAUCUGUUUACGGUGGGUGGAUGUGACCUGACCUUCACCCCCACCGAUUGGAACCCUAGCACCCACGAGGCGAGGCUGCCACUAGAAUUAGCUGCAAAGCUCGACCCCGCCAUUAAGGCGAAUUCACAGACAACCUUGUCAUUUGUGACAAUAACGGAUUUACUCUCAGGCCUUGACUUGUGGACGAACGUGACAGUGCCACCAAUACAGGUUUCUGUCACCGAUACGGCGUUUAAGAUUUGCUACUCUUGUGGCGACCCCCACUUCGUUCAGUCGCUCAACCCUGCAAUGCACUGGAAGUACAACCUUUACCAUCUUGGGCAUUUCAACUUGGCCGGCGACCGCAGAGCACCGAUAGCGGUUCAGAUUGAGACAAACGUCUGGCACCCGUCUCACCUCCCCGUCAUCACAGCCCUGGCCGUGCAGAUAGGCCCUGAAACCGUCAUCAUCGACACCAGCGGCGGCAGCAGUAAUCCCACCGUCGUGGCCAACACGCGCCCAACGUCAUACACAGUCCAGCUUUGUGGGACCAAUGAGUACCAGAUCUACACCUCCAUGGGACAUAGGAUCAACAUCCAUCACCAGAGCUACGGCCACUAUCUGGACGUGAAGCUCACCUUCCCCUCCGGCAUUGUCUCCCUCACUGACAUCGUCAACGGCACCGACCUCUACCAUGAAACAUGUUACAUAGACACGACUACCAACCGCCUGAAGACUCUAGGGAGCAGAGGAGAAAUUAGCGGCCAGGUUAUUGAUCUAUUUAGGGUGAACCCCAGGAGCAACUUGUUCCAUGGCAAGGAUGUACACACGACGAAGGUUCCGCCCAAAGUCUACUGCUCUUGUCCACCCCGUAAGCCGGGUCACGUGAUGGAGGUCACGUGUAAACGAGGCUUAAAAGUCAGCGACCCUUUCAUUAAUAGACCAACGUGCAAGGAGUUCCAGCCAAAGAUAAUAAUGGCUCCUCCGGCAAAGAAUCCUCCAGCUGAAACCAUUUUUAAAGAAUACCAGCCUUUGCCUCAUCCCUGGCCCACCAUGAAUGGAAUCACAGAGGUCAUGGCCAGGGCAACGUGCCGUGAGGCCAUCCUCAACUUCACCUCAUCACAGUGCGGCUCCCGCACAGAAAUCAACAUCAACGACUUCAUCGGCAACUGUGUGGACGACGUGCAGGCUUCCGCUGGGCUCGGGUACGUGUCGUCUGCGGUUCAGGCGUUCCAGUCUCAAUGUGAGACCGACAUCCUCAGCGACAUACACAGCUACAACACGACCCCGACCGGAGAGCUGCGGGUACCGGAAGUCCUUUCACAGUGCCCCAACUUGUGUAGUAUGCGCGGCGCAUGCGUGAAAAGUGUCUGUCAGUGCGAGGCAGGAUGGGAAUGGACCGACUGUUCGGUUAGAACGGGGGAACCUUUCACUGUCUCCGGUAUAACGGGCGGUGUUCUGUGUGACAUGUCGGUGUCCAGCGACUGUUUCAGCCCCCUCCUGACUGUUGGUAACCUUGGUUACAUGACCUCCUGUACCGUGACACCUGCGUCUUAUGAACAAGGCCGGCCGAGUCUGCCCCAGGCACCGUACACAGUCAGUUACAGUCGGGAAAACGCCUUCAGCCUGUCGUGUGACAUUAAAUCCACACCGCAACUGACUGACUUCCUCGCCCAAUCCUACACGAUCACUCUGCAGCCUCAGUCUAAAGUCAGCGGAAAUUCCAUCACCUACGUCGUCUACAACGGUGUGUGUCAGAUGUGUGACGAGCACUUCACCUGCUACCGGAGGGCUGACGCGUGUCUCAUCAAUGGGCGUUGUUACAAAGCUGGUUCUACCCUUAUGAUUGGCCAGGAGAAGUAUGCGUGCGACCCCAAGUCUAAUCUAGACGGGUUCACGCUCGUGUCUACGGGUGCGACGACACACCAAAACAGCUCCUGUGUCUGUCUGCCGUCUACAUAGGGGAUCUUGCUGGAUUUUGCAGAUAUUUAUAUUUUCCUUGCAAUAAACGAUAAAUACGCA